CUCUCUGCAAGUGCAAGCGGUGGCUCGAUUGAUUUACACGGGAAGCGCUUCCGUAACGUCCUCGAUGAUCUGCGACGAGGCGGGGCCGAGCUGUUUUAUCUUUCGUUUUUUUUUAGGUGCCGUCGUGUCGUGUUGUUUCGCUGGGAGCUGAUCGUGUUCGUAUGGAUGAUGCGAAGAGUCGUGCGGUCGAUUUGGCUUUUGUUGUGAUCAUUUUCGUUCUCCCGUGAAUUUGGGUGGGAGGAGGAGCGGGGAUUCGUUUCUGCGCGUCGAUACUUGUGAAAUUUAAAAUUAGCAAGUGAAAAUUUCUUCGCCUGCCUCGAAAAUUUGAAGCUGUGUUUCCAUUGAUUCAGCGUUGUUUUGCUUGCAUGCAGAUGGAGGAAGAUGAAGAGGAGGAUUCAUGACUCUCCUCUCGAUUCGUCUACUUGCGGGUUCGGUUCUGUGCACAGGGCUCGGAACUUAGGCUAAGAUCGAUUUUAUUAUGGUGAGAGAAAAGAGGGAUAUAAGGCCGAUCCUGCUGAAAUUUGGGGUUGCUUUGGCUCUGUCUUUUGCUGGAUUCCUCUACUCUCGCAUCCGAACCAGGCGAGGCAAGCCCAAGCUGCCUCCUUCGACGGGUAGCUCUUCAGAUCGCGGCGGCGAGGCUCGUUCUGAAGGUCAGAGAACUGGGCUAAAAAAUGAUCUCCAUGCAGCCACUGCGAUUCACGUCUCUCGCAUCACCGCAUCAACAACAGAGGAGAAAAAUGAUGAGACGCACGUACCGAAAGUCUAUAUCGAUCCUUCCAUGGUCAGCCGCUCUCCAAGCAGUGGGAAAAGUGGAGAUAAAGACGGGUAUCUCUUGCCUGAGUUUAAUGAUCUUGUGAAGGAACUUGACUUUGGUAAUUCUGGUGCUGGGAUUUCUCCGAAGAAAGAUAUUGAGACCCCCACGUCUGAUGUGGAAACUCCUCAAUCAUUCUUUUGUACGGAAAGAGAUGUGUAUGAGGGAGAGAUCAAGCACCUGAGGAGCAUUGUCAGAAUGCUUCGAGAGAGGGAAAGAAAUCUCGAGGUCCAACUUUUAGAAUAUUAUGGGCUCAAGGAGCAAGAAGCGGCUGUAAUGGAAUUCCAAAACCGUUUGAAGAUAAACAAUAUGGAGGCUAAGCUAUUCACUCUUAAGAUUGAAUCUCUACAAGCAGAUAACCGUAGGUUAGAGGCUCAAGUGGCUGAUCAUGCAAAAAUUGCGGCUGAACUUGACAAUGCUAGAUCGAAAAUCAAGUUGCUGAAAAAGAAACUGAGGUUUGAAGCCGAGCAAAACAAGGAACAGAUAUUGGCUCUUCAGAAGAGAGUUGCUGCGUUGCAUGACCAGGAGCUCAAGGCCGCAGAAUAUGACAUGAGCGUGCAAUCAAACUUGCAGAAGUUGGAACAACUGGAGCAUGAGGUAGAAGAGUUGAAAAAGUCUAAUCUGAGGUUGCAGCUGGAUAAUUCUGAUUUGCUUCAGAGGCUGGAGUCCACCCAGCUUCUCGCAACCUCUGUUUUGGAAGAUCCAGAGGCAGAAGCAUUGAAGAGACAGAGUGAGCGAUUGAGACGAGAAAAUGAAAGUUUGACAAAAGAAAUCGAGCAACUCCAAGCAGAUCGAUGUGGUGAUGUUGAGGAACUAGUCUAUCUUCGAUGGAUAAAUGCCUGCUUAAGAUACGAGCUUCGGAAUUAUCAGCCACCAGCUGGUAAAACAGUCGCCAGGGACCUUAGCAAAACUCUGAGUCCCCAGUCUGAGGAGAAAGCCAAGCAGCUUAUACUUGAAUAUGCUAACACGGAAGGGAUCACAGAUAAGGCAAUCAGUUCCAUUGACUUAGACUACGAUCAAUGGUCAUCCUCACAAGCCUCGUUUCUGACAGAUUCUGGCGAAAACGACGAUUCAUCUGUUGAUAAUUCUUUAGCCAGCAAGGGAAACACCACCAAGAAACACAAAUUAUUUGGCAAGCUUAGGAGACUGGUCCUGGGAAAAGAUGGUCAGGAUGAUAAUCGCCCUUCAUCAUCAGAAAAAAUCGAAUCCCUGGAAGUGGGCGCGGGUUCGUUCUCUUCUGAUUCACCCCAUUGCAGUUCAAGCGUUUUGACUGGCAUAGAUGCAGGAACCACUUGGCCGAGCAGCAGCAUCACCACUCCAUGCUUGAGUUCCUCUACACAUUCUUUGGACAUCCAUAGACUGAGAAGUUUCAAGUUGGAUGAUGCAAAGGACGUAGAAAAACAUCGUCGAAACAGCGACGUGGGGGUUUCUUACCUGUCCAAGAAAUCCAGUGUAAGCUCGGGAGGUGCUGUGGAUUUGGCUGGAAAUCAAGAAGAAGAUUCAUUUCGGAAGUACGAGCUGGCAAAAUAUGCAAAGGUCCUCAAGGACUCCCGCAGCACGACACCUAAAAGCCAUAGGAAAUCAGCAUCUUUUAGCUCUUUUUGACAUUUAGAAAAUCUCUCUCUCACACUUGUCCAUAUAUACUGAGUCAAUGGGUGAAAAUCCACCGGUCCUUACAUAGAUUCACCAAUGGAAUACGAUCGGAGAAAAGGUAAUUUUGCAGAAUAAGACGGGGCAUUUUUGCAGCGAUCACUGUAUCAUAGAUGAUGGCCUCGGCCUCGUGUGUAAGGAAGAGAUGUUUUGGAACCGCAUUAUUAGCCCCGGUUCCAUUGUGUAAAUAAGACAUUAGAUGAUGGUAAUCUCUCUCAAUUCUGUGUUUGAUUUCGAC